CAGAUGCACAGAUUCAGUGUUGUGCUAGUGCUAGCGUCCAUCAAAGAAUCGCCGGCCAUUCAUGUUGUUGGACUACUGUUGCCGGUGCUGUGGGACCUCUCUGAUCAGACGCCAUGGCCAGCUGCCAAUCAACAGCAAGAUCCAGGACACCUGGGCUGUUCUUCAAAACCUGCUGAUGUGUAUGGUGUGCUUCUACUCGGUGUACUAUAUUGUGGUCAGUCUCUGCAUCGGCAUUCUCAGGGUCGACGAAGUUGACAGCUUGUUGGCACCAUUCGACUACACCACUCAACCAUCAUGGCAAAAUCCAAAAUACUUAGUGAGUGUGAUCUCCACAGAGGUGACGUACGUUCUGGGCGGUCUGAUAUUCGCGUGGAUCGUGGAGGAAUGUGUGUGGGACUACGCCAUCACUGUCACACUGCUGCACGUUGGACUGACCAUAGCCGUUAUGGCUGAUUUUCCCUCAACAGAGCACUGGUGGAUUGCUCUCGGCUCUGGGUUACUGAUGAUGAUUUUUGGAGGGCAACUCAUGGCUUACCGACUCUUCAGAAAUAAUUUUGUACAUCCUGCAGAUCUUCAGAAUUUCUGACACAUUGAGGAAAAUGUACAGGGAUCGAUACUCUCAGUUUUGUACCGUUUUAACUUUUUUUUUACAUCAUGGUGUAGUUUGAAAUGGUUUUGUUAUUCCUACUCAAUAUUUUGCCAUAUGGAUUUGUUUUGAAACUUCUUAUGCUGAUAAAAUAAUUCCAGUAAAC